AUGGGGGACUUGGUGGACCCGAAGCCCAACUACGAUGUCGAUGAACCCGUUUACCAACCUCAGGAUGCUCUGGGCAUCUCGGCUCGCUCGGCUGCAUUGACUGGCGCGGCGGGGCUUUUCAUUGCCUCUGUCCAGAACACUGUUGCGAAGGAACAAAUCGGUGCCUUUGGGGUGUUUACACGGUUUGGGCGGACAAUUGGUCUACUCACGGCAAUGGGAGGUACAUUCCAAUUCGCAAGUACGGCUUCCGCAAAUCUGCGAGAAAAGAAUGAUUACAUCAACCAUGUGAUUGGGGGUACCAUUGCAGGCUCUUUGAAUGGCCUCUGGAAGCGCUCAAUGGCAUCGACGCUGGGCAGUGCUUUGGCUCUUGGCACCGCGAUGGGCGUGAUCAGCUACACUGGCCGCUCGAUUUUUGAAUCAUCUUCAGACAAGGCCUUCGACGACCGGAUGACACAUAAAGAGGAGGCCAGGGCUCGGUUCAGGAGGCCGCUCAAUGAAACAAUCAACGAGCUGGGCGAAGGACGAGGUAUUUACGGGCCCGGGUACGAGGAAAGACGGAAGCAGAGAAUUAAGGAAAGAUACGGCUUCGAUGUCCAACCGCCUUACUACGAGGGCAAGGCCGCACCUGGGGCAUGA